AUGUCUAAAACGACAUUUCCUCCUGCGGUAACUUCCGCAAAAAAGCUUUAUACUACCCAAUAUUCAUCUUGGUGGGAGAGAUCCUAUGGAAUGGUUCUUGAGGAUAAUUUGGAUGUUAUGGUAGAGAAAUCUGGGUCAGAAUUUGUUACCCUUUUAGAAGACAAAAGUGAAGAUAUCGAGAAGACACUUUCAAAAGUCAAGACACCACUUGCUACCCAACAUCAAAGUAAGAAGCUUAAUUCCUCUAAGGUAUCCAAGAAAGAAGUAGUUCAUACUUCUACUGAUAAAGAGAAAUGUCCCCAAUUUCUCUUCUCUAGUAAACGGGCCCCUCAAGAAACAAGCAAAACUAGCAAGGAUCGAUGUUGGAAGAGGCAAAGGGUUGAACCAUCUGGGGCUGAAGUUGUUGAUUUAAGAGUAAUAGAAGUUCAGAGUGUCGAUAGUCCUUCAAGAUCAAUGACAAUUCAGAGUGACAAGGUUAACGCUGCUGGACAUCCACUAGGAUCGCCACAUGAGAUGCCACAAGUUAGCGAUGAGUCUACUGCAAUAUCAAAACCUAAGGCACAAUCAAUUUCAAAUAUUGAGCAAGAGCAAAAGACAUCAUCUACUUCUCGUGGCCAAACUUUAAAAGGGUUGACUCCUAAUUCAAAUGAGUUUUCCCGAGUUCUCCCAAAGAGUAAUGGAGCUAUGUCUGUCUUCGAAGGAAAAGGUGUUGUGUUCAACUACAAAAGAAAGUACAUCUUGGGUCUUUGGGAAGAGAUUUGUGGAAAACUUUCCAGAACUUCUCUAGACAAUAUUUCAUCUUACAAAGAUGAUAUUUGUGAGAUUUUCAAGGAGAUGAGUGAGAUAAAUUUAUUAGAUCUUUCACCAUUGAAGAGCUUGGUAGAUUCUCUUUUUGAUCAUGCUACUUCUUAUGAUCAAGUACACUCUAAUUUUGUUGACAAGGCGCAUGAAGAUAAGAAGAUGGAGUUGAUUUCCAAUGCCAAAGAGCGUCUCAAAUUUUUCAAAGUAGAAGAAGGUGAGAAGGCAAAACAUGUUUCCUCUAACAAGAAAUCACUAAAGAAGGUUAAGCGUAAGCUAGCAACUUUACAAGGAGAGCGAGAGGGACUUGAAGUUGUUUAA